UCCCCUGCUACAUCGGCGAUCCGCACCCCAAAUCGCAAAAGUCAAGUAAGUACUCCCUAUUCAGCCUGGAGACGCAAGCUUCCAGAUCAGCGCUGCCGUCUGGUCUGGCUUCUUCUUCUCCCGUCGUUGCUGACAGUCAGUCCGCCCUGCCUUCGCUGCUGUUCUUGUCAAAGCUUCUCUACCGUUCUGCGUCCUUCCGCUCAGGAUGUACUCCAGCCCUUUGUUUCCGUUGUGUGUUUCCGAGUAUCACGACUACUUCAUGUUGUUGAGUCUGUUCUUGGUGAUAUCCCUGUGGUAGCCCGCAUGGGAGGGCAAGUAUGAUGGAGGAGGAUGAAGAUUGCGGAACACAGAACAGGUACACACAAGUACUAGUCGUCGGUAUUUGAAGAGGCGGAAGCCAAGGGACCGAUCAUCUGAGACUGAGGGGGGGGUGCUCUGCUGCGAUAGUACGGGGAAAUGGGGGCUCGAGGCAAUCGGGGAGGGAGGUAUCUUCCGCCGUACCCCCGCUGCAGCAGAACUAUCUAUGGAUGGGACAGACCACAGGAUGCAAAGCUGGACGGCCAGUCCUGGUGGCCGCGAAGCAUGUCGGCUUUUAUUCUGGCCACCCACGAUACAUUUAUCUCCAGCAGCGCACAUGGGCACGGUCGACCAGCUUACCACAGGUCAGUUCCAGUUCAUGAGCGAGAGCCCAAUGCUCCUCCUGGCUAUCCGAUGGGCACACGCACACGACAAUCCAAGUCCACCAAUGCUGCACCCUAUCCCACGUCGCCGCAUCAUUCGGGAGUAAGACAGCCCAGCAGUUCAGGUCCAGUAACUGGUACUUCCAGUCCCUACCGCGCGCUAACGGCGUCUGUUUUCCCCAAGAUUCUGCUGAAGAUAUCCCAAAUCCUGCAAGCCGGACUGAUGUAUCACAUUGAUAGCCUGACAGGCCAUAAAAGCUGCCAUGAACGGCGAUGGGAAAGACGCAAUACCACCCUCCUCAAGGGAAACAGCGAAUGCCAUGCAGGUGAAGGAUCCUCGGAACCAUGGUAGCCACGGCGGACCCCCAAAAUCGAGUUUAUUCCCUGGCCUCCUAGAGGACGAGGCCGAACAGCGAUUAUGUAUGUGCUGGAUUCCACAUCGAUGGUGCGUGCAAGGCAGCGGAUGGCUGCAGCUAGCGAUGAGCCAUUUGAGACCUGACUUACUUCCCCUCUCGUACGAGUACUUUGGAUGCCGGAGCAUCGUCAGCUAGCCAGCUUUUGCCAAUACAUCUUCUCAUCACAGUCACACCACUGCGCUUCUCAUUUCACAAGCUGUCGACUUCGGACCGUUCGAAAAGCUGAACUCGAGCACACCAGCCUGCCACAUUUCCUCACUUCUCACAUAAAAAAAGUCCAAGUCCCCCGUCCACCAGCGACCAACUCACCAGACGUGCAG